AUGAUGCCGAGGAAAAUGGAUGAUGGAUUAACUGUUGAGUUUACCCUCCCACUUAUACUCGAAACACGUGAACUUCAUCAGGUUGAUAUCGACGACAUCGGCCCGUUAGUGACCGAAAUACUCGAGCAAUCGGACAAACAUGUCGGCAAAGAAUUAAUGUGUGUCGGUGAAGUUGAACAAUUUCAAAAUGUACCGAAAAUAUCCACAAAAGUCACUGGUUAGUUAUUUUUGUACACUUUAAACUCCUACUCGAAAAAAUAAAAGAAAUCACUUACUGUAGUUAUGCUGGAUAAAACAU